AUGGAAAUCCAAGCACUCUCCCCCGAAACGAUUCAGGACAUCCAGUCCACCCCCACCGAUUUCAUCCCGCCCGACCAAAUAGACAGCACCUUCGGUACCACGUGCAUUGGUAAAGCUCCCUCCUCUCCAUCUCCCGGGGGUCCACCCCUUAGCGACUCCUUGUCCGAUAGUCCUGUAUACACCGGCUGCCUGGAACCAUCGCUGACAAUCACAGACCUCGUCUCCGCCCCUCUGACCUCCCGCAUCCUUUCCUUCUCCGACGAGUUCUUCGCCUCGGCUUCCAACCUCCUCAACCCCGCAAUCCCCAUCCGUCGGCCCGGCCACUUCGUCGAAUCGGGCGCCUGGUACGAUGGCUGGGAGACCCGUCGGCAUAAUCGCUCUCCUCCUGACUGGGUUGUGAUACGCCUCGGCCCUGCGGCGGGGAUGGUCAGGGGUGUGGAGAUAGAUACGGCGUUCUUCGAUGGGAAUCAUGCCGAGGGUGUGGAAGUUUGGGGCACCUACGAGACGGGAGAGGGGGCGGAUGAGAGGGUGGUAGAGGCUGGGUAUAGCGCUUGGAGGCCGUUGCUGGGGAAGAGGGGAUGUGGAGCUAGUAGGAGGCAGGCGUGGACUGUCAGCGAAAGGAUUGGGGAAGUGACCCAUGUGAAGUUGUGCAUGUUUCCCGAUGGGGGCAUCGCCAGGUUUCGACUCUACGGUGUGGCGGUACCGGUUUGGCCGAAGGAUGAAUCCGAGGAGGUGGAGUUGAGCAGUGCGCUCAUGGGCGGCAGAGUCGUUGGGUUCAGCGAUGAGCACUUCGGGAAGGCAGGGAAUUUACUAAUGCCGGGACGGGGAGUGGAUAUGGGAGAUGGGUGGGAGACCAAGAGGAGUAGGGAAAGUGGGCACUCCGAUUGGGUCGUUGUCAAGCUGGGAGCUAGGGGACGGGUGAGGAGUUUGAUGAUCGAUACGAUGCAUUUCCGUGGCAACUUUCCGCAAGGAGUGAGGGUUGAGGGCCUGGAUGCGGAGGGAGAGGAGGUGGUGAGUGGGGACGAUGAGAGGUGGGUGGAGGUUGUAGGGAUGCAGGGGUGUGAGAAGGAUAAAGAGCAUGUGUUUGCGGAUGGACUGCUGAAGAGUGUGGAGGGAAGGGCGUUUACGCAUAUGAAGAUGACGAUUAUUCCUGAUGGCGGAGUGAAGAGGUUCAGGGUGUUUGGGGUCCGGGCUCAGGAGAGACACUUGUAG